AUGGCGGCUGCAAGCCUGCUAAGCUUCAUGCUAACUAAAGUAGUCAGCACCUCUGUAUAUAUAAUUAAAAGAAGAAAUAGUAUGGAUGGCUGCAUUGACUGGUCAGUGGAUCUCAAGACAUACAUGGCUUUGGCAGGUGAACCAGUCCGAGUGAAAUGUGCCCUUUUCUACAGUUACAUUCGUACCAACUAUAGCAUGGCCCAGAGCACUGGGCUCAGGCUGAUGUGGUACAAAAACAAAGGUGAUUUGGAAGAGCCCAUCAUCUUUUCAGAGGUCAGGAUGAGCAAAGAGGAAGAUUCAAUAUGGUUUCACUCAGCUGAGGCGCAAGACAGUGGAUUCUACACUUGUGUUUUAAGAAACUCGACAUAUUGCAUGAAGGUGUCAAUGUCCUUGACUGUUGCAGAGAAUGAAUCAGGUCUGUGCUACAAUAGCAGGAUUCGCUAUUUGGAAAAAUCUGAAGUCACUAAAAGAAAGGAGAUAUCCUGCCCAGACAUGGAUGACUUUAAAAAGUCCGACCAGGAGCCUGAUGUUGUGUGGUACAAGGAAUGCAAGCCAAAAAUGUGGAGAAGCAUCAUAAUACAGAAAGGAAAUGCCCUUCUAAUCCAGGAAGUUCAAGAAGAAGAUGGGGGAAAUUACACUUGUGAGCUUAAGUAUGAAGGAAAACUUGUAAGAAGAACAACUGAAUUGAAAGUUACAGCUUUACUCACAGACAAACCUCCCAAGCCAUUGUUCCCCAUGGAGAAUCAGCCAAGUGUUAUAGAUGUCCAGCUGGGUAAGCCUCUGAACAUCCCUUGCAAAGCAUUCUUUGGAUUCAGUGGAGAGUCCGGACCAAUGAUCUACUGGAUGAAAGGGGAGAAGUUUAUUGAGGAACUGGCAGGUCACAUUAGAGAAGGUGAAAUAAGGCUACUCAAAGAGCAUCUUGGAGAAAAAGAAGUUGAGUUGGCACUCAUCUUUGAUUCAGUGGUGGAGGCUGACCUGGCAAAUUAUACCUGCCAUGUGGAAAACCGAAAUGGACGAAAACAUGCAAGUGUUCUGCUGCGUAAAAAGGAUUUAAUCUACAAAAUUGAACUUGCAGGAGGCCUGGGAGCAAUCUUCCUCCUCCUUGUACUGCUCGUGGUCAUCUACAAAUGCUACAAUAUUGAAUUGAUGCUCUUCUACCGACAGCAUUUUGGAGGUGAUGAAACUGCAGAUGACAACAAGGAAUAUGAUGCCUAUCUCUCUUACACAAAAGUGGACCAAGAUACUUUGGAAUGUGACAACCCUGAAGAAGAGCAUUUUGCUCUUGAAAUACUGCCAGAUGUGCUAGAAAAACACUAUGGAUAUAAACUCUUCAUCCCAGAAAGGGACCUAAUUCCAAGUGGAACCUACAUUGAAGAUCUCACAAGAUGUGUUGAGCAAAGCAGAAGACUUAUUAUCGUGCUAACUCCAGACUAUAUUCUCAGACGAGGAUGGAGUGUUUUCGAAUUGGAAAGCAGACUCCAUAACAUGCUAGUCAGUGGAGAAAUCAAAGUGAUUUUGAUUGAAUGUACAGAAUUAAAGGGGAAGGUGAAUUGCCAGGAAGUGGAAUCACUAAAGCGCAGCAUCAAACUUCUGUCCUUGAUCAAGUGGAAGGGACCCAAGAGCAGCAAAUUAAAUUCUAAGUUUUGGAAGCACUUAGUAUAUGAAAUGCCCAUCAGGAAAAAAGAAAUGCUUUCUCGGUGUCAUGUUCUGGACUCCGCAGAACAAGGACUUUUUGGAGAACUCCAGCCUAUACCAUCUAUUGCCAUGACCAGUACCUCGGCCUCUCUGGUGUCAUCUCAAGCUGAUCUCCCAGAUUUCCACCAUUCAGAUUCGAUGCAAAUGAGGCACUGUUGCAGAGGUUAUAAACACGAGAUGCCAACCACCACCUUGCCAGUACCUUCCUUAGGCAACCACCACACUUAUUGUAACCUGCCUCCGACACUACUCAAUGGACAGCUACCCCUUAAUAAUGCCCUGAAAGAUACCCAGGAAUUUCAUAGGAACAGUUCCCUGCUACCUUUAUCAUCCAAAGAGCUUAGCUUCACCAGUGAUAUUUGGUAG